ACCCUCGGUUGGAAAGAAGAAGAACAAGUUCCUCUAUCGGAAAAUACGUCACGGUCUGCACAAAGUUUUUUCCCGGGAGCGAGUCGGCGGCAUCGAAUUUUAGAAUAGGCGAUGGCGAAGAUAACAGAAAAGUUUUUAUUGGAGAGGGCGUCUCCCAAAAACAAAACACUGGAACAAAUCCAAACCUUGAAUCUCUCUCUGCUCGCGCUGAAAUGUAAGGACCUCCCUGUGAAGCUGCUGUCCCGGCUCCAGUCGCUGGAGUCGUGGGAUCUGUCUGGGAACCGUCUUGAGGAGCUGCCCAAAGGCCUGGCCCUGCCCAGCCUGCGCUCUCUCGACCUCUCGGAUAACGAGAUGGAGGACGUCACCACCCUGGACUCCCUCACUGGUCUGGAAGAACUCAAACUGGACGGCAACAUUUAUAUCACUGUGAACGACGAGUACAAGCUGAUGGUGCUCCUGCCCAAGCUAAAGAUGUACAACGACAAGAACAUCGGCGGCAGGGCCGACCACAUCCGCCACACCAGCAGCAGCAUCCUCCACGACAGGGUGGUUGCCGUCUGGGCCACAAAGUUUGGCGUCCUGGAAACCAAUUCCCAGGAGAAAAUGGAGGACAUGGAGAGAGAUUUUGUGGCCACGGCUCAAUGUAGCAUCCAAUUCGGACCCAACUCCACCAGAGACUACAUCCGAUGGAGGGUGGGGAUACUGGCCAAGGAAUACCUGCGCUCGCUGCUUCAGCGCACCGAGGAAGGGGACAAAAGCCAGGAGCCCAUAAUCACAAAGGAGAACAACGGGAUUAACUCCCCAGUCAAGAGGAAGCAAUCUCUGUUGCACCAAGAUCUCCAGCUGACCCCUCGCAAAAGAGCCAGAGGAGACGCCUGCAGCUCCCCCUCCAAGGACAGCCCUGGCGCCCUCCACCUUACCCGACAGAGAGCAGGCCCAGCUGGCGCCGUCAGGGCUAGCCCACGCAAGGCAGCAUCCGCCCAGCUCGCCGCCAGCCCCGCGGUCAAGACCCCCAGGAAGAUUCUGGUCGAGCAACCGCCGCCCAAAGAGGACAGCGGCCGGCCCAAACGCAGAGCAACCGGAGACCGGGGUCUACCCACAAGCACGGCUACCCCCGUGGACCGGGAGGGGUCCCCGAGGAAAAGGAGCUGCAUCAGACCUCAGCCGCCCCCGAGGGAAGAGGGGGAGAGGGUGCAGCUGAAGCCGCUCCACGUGCUCCAGUGCCAUAGUAAGCAGAACAGCCCCGAGGACUUCAGCACCGCGCUGUGGGCCUGCGCCUUCCAGCCUCUACCCCACGGCGGCGGAGACACCAGCUGUUUCACCGCAGGGGGUCGUCUGGUGGCUACGUGUGGAGGAGACUCGAUCUGUGUGAUCGACUGUGAGACUGGGCUGGUCAUGAAGAAGUACAAAGUCCCUGGCGAGGAGUUCUUCACCCUGGGCUGGUCCACGGUGCAGAUGUCCCGGGACAACGGCGCGCCGGCACGGCCCUGCGCCGUCCUGGCGGCGGGGGGCAAGCGGGGCCUGGUGACCCUGACCCACCCCCAGUCCAACGUGGCGUACGGAGAGUUCCGGGCCAGCCGCAAGGCCCUGUCCACCCUGCGCUUCAGUCCCCGGCAGGGGAACCUCCUGUUCACUGGGGCAUAUGAUAACAAGAUCACGCUGUGGGACAUCGGAGGAGUCGAUAGCCAGUACAAAUAUAAGGCCAGUCAGCUGAUGGUGCUGGAGUGCAGUAGCACCCCUCUCCACCUGUGCCUGCCCCCGGCGUCCCCCGACACCGCGCUGCUGGCCGCCACAGACAGCGGCCUGCACUGCUUCAACACCCAGCUCAGCCCAGGCUCCGGGAAGAGGGCCGCAGAGAUGGAGAUUACAUUCCCCAUAUAUAAGCAGGAGGACAAAGACCACAGCUACCGCACUAUCGACGGCUUAGGAUUCCUUACGAAUGACAUCGUGGCCUCCAAGUGCCACCUGCAGCCCUCCAUCUACCUGUGGAGCCUGGGCCAGACGCAGGGCCAGGCCAAGAGGCGUGGCAGCGUGGCGGCCGUGCUGCUGGCGGAGCUGCAGUGGGCCACCACCAGCGUUCCCUACCUGUCCCUCAGCACCUGUCCAGAGGAGGGCUACCUGGUGUGCGGGGACGACCGGGGCCGGCUGUGGUCCUACAGUUUGCACAACCUCCUCCUGGAGAACAAUCAUCAGCGCCGAGAACUGGUCCCCCCCACUGAGGUGCUGGAGUGGCCGGCCCCAUUGAUGAGGACCUCCAGCCCAGUGGAGGUCCCCUCCAUCAACAGUGUGGCCAUGGGACAGGGGCUCUCCUACCUGGUGGCGCUCAGUGAUAAGAACAUGGUGGUAGUGUGGAAAAGGGAGGACUCGUCCUGAAUAAGAAGAGGACAACAAUUUGUGUUUUUAAAGGUUACUGAUCGCAUCUCAAUAUUGCAAAGGGUCGAAAUGUGAUUCUAGAAUUGAUGUUGGUUAUGAAGAAUUUGUAUGAGGAAUGGCCAAAAUUACUUUCAAUUUGGGGCUUGCAGAGUAAAAAAUGUACAAAUGUAUUUGAAAGGGGCUUUGUUUUGAGAAAGAUGCAAAUGGAGGAAUUUUAUAUUUGCAUGGAGUUUUACUGAUUUUAAAGGUUGGGUUUUUUGGUGGGGGUCCCAUGUGUGUUUUCUGUGUGGGUGUUGUUUACUCAUAAUAUAGCUGAUUGUAGAGCAGCUUCUUAACGUCAAUCGUGGGUCGACUUAUAUUCAAUUUAAGUGAUUUUCCAUUCGUCAAAAAGGGUUCAAUGGUCUUGAUGAAAAGUCAAUUAUUUUAAUGUUGCUGUGCGGCAUUUGAUUAAAUAGAACGUGAGGUAGACAUCUGAAACUUGUUUCUGGCAGAGUUGUUGGACCUUGCAUAACCGCUUUUAUCCUGUGACCAGAGUUAAAUGCUGACUAAGAAAACUUGCUCAACGUUAUGGGGAAGCUGCAUUGAGGGUAAAAUAUUUUAAUAUAGUUGAUAUUAUUGCUAAAGUGCUUUACUAUUUGGGGCAAAACAAAUGUCAGACAUUUAAUAAUUACAAUUAAUAGUACAAAAAAACUUUCCUUAUGUCAGUAAAAAGUACUAGUGGUACUGGAAGCCCUUCUUGGCGAUGAACUAAUUCACUGAAAUUUCCUGUAUUAGACAGUGUAUGUAUAGUCUGUAUGGCUUCCAAAAUACGAACCAAGACACCAAGCUGAAGUCGGCACCCUAUUCGCAGCUACUGAUGUGUGACCGGGAAACAAGUCGCCGUUUUGUUUUUUACAAACUACCGGUAGUACUGUGUAAUGUUUAUUGACCAGUCAGAACCGGCUGUAGGUUUCACGGUUGCUGAUGGUAAAGAAAAUUGUAUGGUAAAAAUCUGAUAAUGACUACUUAAUUAGAUAGUUGAUGUCCUGUGUAGUAUACAGGUGAAACUCGAAAAAUGUGAAUUAUCAUGCAAUAGUUCAUUCAUUUCAGUAAUUCAACUUAAAAGGUGGAACAAAGAUCUUAACGACUAAUUACAGGGAAAGGGAGAUAUUUCAAGCAUUUAUUUGUUAUAAUUUUAUAAUAAUGGAUUACAGAUUAUGAAGACCCCAAAAUAUAAAUCUUUAACUAAAAUUAGAAUAUUGUGAAAAGGUUCAAUAUUGUAGGAUCAUAGUUUCACACUUUAAUCAGCUAAUUAAUCCAAAUCACCUGCAAAGGGUUCCUGAGCCUUUAAAGGGUUUCAUUAGUCUGGUUCAGUAGAAUUCACAAUCAUGAGGAAGACUGACCUGGCUGACCUGACCGUUGUGCAGAAAACCAUCAUUGAACCCCUCCACAUAGAGGGAAAGCCUCAAAAGGUAAUUGCAAAAGAAGUUGCUGUUCUCACAGUGCUGCAUCAAAGUACAUUAAUAGAAAGUUAGGUGGAAGGGGAAAAUAUGGAAGAAAAAGGUUCACAAGCAGCAGGGAUGGUGGCAGGCUGGAGAGGAUUGUCGGGAAAAGGCCAAUCCACCAAGGAGUGGACUGAGGUUGGAGUUACUGCACCAAGAGCUACAGCUCCUGGACGUGGGCUUAAUGAGUCGAAUGCAAAUUUUGCAUCUCAUUUGGAUACCAAGGUCCAAGGGUUUGGAGGAAAAAUGGAGAGGCACACAAUCCAAGAUGCUUUAAGUCCAGUGUGAGGUUUCCACAGUCUGGGUUGAUCUAGGGAGCCAUGUCAUCUGCUGGUGUUUGUCCACUCUGCUUUAUUAAUUCCAGAGCCGACAUAUCCGUCUAGGACAUUUAAGAACACUUCAUGCUUCCUUCAGCCAUCAAGCUCUAUGGAGUUGCUGACUUCAUUUCCCAGCAGGACUUGGCACCUGCCCAGACUGGCCAACUACCAAAACAUGGUUACAAUGACCAUGAAGAAGAAGAUAAAAAAUGAGACCGAAAAAUGCAGAAUUGAAGCCUCCUGGUCUUUCAUAAAACCUCAGCAGUGAAACAGGAUGAUAGGAUAGAUGCCUCGCCGCAUUGAGGCAGUAAUUCAUGCAGAAGGUAGUGUAGGACAUGCGCAUGAUUAUACUUUUCAGAGGGCUGACAUUUCUGUACCUAUUUAAAAUUCUUUUUUUAUUGAUUUCGUGUAGCAUUCUAAUUUCUGAGAUUUUUGAAUUUGGGGUUUUAAUAAGCUGCAAGCCAUAAAGCCAAUUACCAAAUUAUAACAAAUAAAGGCUUGAAAUAUCAAACUUUCCAUGUAAUGAUUCUAUAUAAGAUUGAAUUACUGAAAUAAAUGAACUUUUGAAAUAUAUUCACAUUUUUCAAAUUUCACGUGUAUGGGUGAAGGACGGUGGUAAAUAUUUAGAUGGUAAAUAUGUGUUAACUUUGACAUCGGAUGCCCGAAGUGAAUACAGACUCAUGCUGAAACUCAUUGAAACCUGAGCAUCAGACGUACAUUUUAGAUGUUUAAC